AUGCCAUCGCUGCUGGAACGCCUCUCCCCGGAGCUUCAGCUGCUCAUCAUGUCCGAGCUGGACUAUCAGUCACUCAUCUUCCUCUCCACGGUGAACCGGCACUUUCACCGCCUGAUCGACCCUGGGCGGAUGGCAGACCCGGUAGACAAGUUUCAGUUUGUCAUGAGAGCAGCAAAGGACUUUCCACAACAUCGACCCAGCGAGAGGGGUCGAGACCACCAGCCGGGCAAUCUGGAGUGCUACAUCUGCUUCCGCGUGCGGACCCCGGAGCACUUUGACAUACUCCAAGCCCCGACGGCCUGCCUUGACCCACACGGCCGCGUCGUAUCGGAUCGGGAGCCGGGGCCCGGGGACCGAGUCGUCAACCUGCGCCGGUUCUGUAUCGAAUGCGGGGUCGGACACGGACUUCAUGCACCGUUUGACUGCCUGACAACAAGGGCGGGCCAAUUCCUUUGGGUCUGCCGGUGCCGGAGGGUGUUAAGCAAGCCGGACAGCCUGCAAUGCUCGGACUGCGGAUCGACCUGUCCUCUACGACCCAAGAAGGUUUGGUAG